AUGCAUCCUACACUGUCUCUCCUCCUUUCCAUUCUGCCCCUGACGUUGGCGAGCCCAACUCGCAAGCGGUCCGAGCCGGCGCCGCUGAUUAUUCCUCGCGGCGAGGCCUUCACCCUGGUCCCCGACGAGUACAUUGUCAAGCUCAAGCAGGACAGUGCCAAGGCUGCGCUGGACGAUGCCAUCAAGAUCAUCCCCGGGGACGCUGACCAGGUGUUUGACUCCAUCUUCAAGGGCUUCACUGGCAAGCUGGACUCUCCUACGCUCGAUGCGAUGCGUGCUCACCCCGAUAACGCCUAUUUUGAAGCGUACGGCGGGGCUACUCAGCAACAGGCCCCUUGGAAUCCUGCUCGACUCUCUCACAGACGCCCCGUCGCAAGCGACUACAUCUUUGACGAGAGCGCCGGCGAGGGCACAUGCGCCUACGUCGUCGACAGCGGCCUCUACGCCGCACAUCCCUUUGAGGGCCGCGCCCAGUUCCUCGGGACCUUCAUCGGCGACCACAACGACAACUGCCUCCACGGCACGCACGUCGCGGGCACCAUCGGCGGGCGGCAGGUCGGCGUGGCCAAGAAGACGGCCAUCUACGGCAUCAAGGUGCUCGACCUCAACAGGGAGGAGAAGUGCGGCGCCGACACGUCCGUCAUCGUCGCGGGCAUGGAGCACGUCGCCCGGGACGCCGCGCAGCGCCACUGCCCCAACGCUUCGUCGUCAACCUCAGCCUGGGGGGCGGCUGGUCGCAGUCCGUCAACGAGGCCGCCGCGGCGCUGGGCGACCAGAACCACAACCCCGUGGACGCGGCCUCCGUCUCCCCGGCCCGCCCGCGACUCCAACUACGGCGGCGUCGUCGACAUCCAGGCCCCCGGCGUCGACGUCGUGUCCGCCCGCGCCGGCGGCGGCUACAUCUCCAUGUCGGGCACCUCCAUGGCCACCCCCCAUGUUGCCGGCCUGGCCGCCUACUUGCUGGGCCUGCGCAAGACCUCCGCCUCCAACCUGUGCAGCUACCUCCAAGAGAACGCUUGA